AUGGCACCCCUCAACAUCCUCAUAGUAGGCUUAGGCAUAGCAGGUCCUUCGCUCGCGAGUCUGCUUCUCCUAGAUCCAACACAAGCUGCGGAAGAAAAGCCUCAGAUCACCAUACUGGAACGCUCCUCAGAGCUACGAUCUACUGGCCAAAGUGUAGAUGUCCGCGGCGUAGGCGUCGACGUGAUACGGAGACUGGGUCUGGAAACUGCGAUUCGAGCUUCUACGACUGGAGAGGAAGGAGUGCAGUUCGUGGAUGAAAGCAAUGCUAUCUGGGCGCAGAUGGCCGCCGAUAAGUCUGGCAAAGUGCAGACGGGCACCAGCGAUAUUGAGAUCCUGCGAGGCCGACUAGCGAGUAUAAUCUAUGAGAGGAGUAAAGUCAUUUCUGCCGAGGUUCAGGCCAAGGGUGGCAAGGGCAUCGAGUAUAUAUUUGGAGGUGUUCUUGACCAGCUGGAGCAGGACGAGAAGUCUGUGCGUGUGAGAUUUGCGAAAAGCGGCGAGCGAAGAUCUUUCGACGUAGUGGUGGGCGCAGAUGGGCUUGCGAGCAUGACGAGGCGGCAAGCUUUCGGUGCCGAGGACGAGGAGAAGCGUAUGUAUCGACUCCCGCUCUACGGCGCCGCUUUCAGCAUACCCAAAGGCAAGAACGACGUCGAGUGGCGAAGAUGGUUCAACGCUCCUGGUCGACGAGGCGUCAUGGUCCGGCCAACGCACGACCCGGAAAUGUGGUCUGCUGCGAUGUUCGUGAUCGAUGCGGCAGAUAAGGACAAGAGGCUCCUGGAUGUCGCUCAUGAGGGCGCAAGAACGGUGGAGAGGCAAAAGUCGCUCAUGAAGGAGAAAUUCGAGGGCGCGGGGUGGGAGUGCACGAGGCUGUUGGAGGCGAUGGAGACGACGGAAGAUUUUUAUUAUUCUACUAUUGCGCAGGUGAGGAUGAAGAAAUGGAGUCAGAGACGUGUGGUAUUGCUUGGUGAUGCUGGGUACUGCGCCUCACCAAUAAGUGGAAUGGGCACGACCUUGGCUUUAACUGGUGCAUACAAUCUAGCCGGCUCACUCCUCCGCAACCCCAAUAACCUCAAUGCAGCUUUCGCCCAAUACGAGACACUCAUGCGGCCCGUCGUCAACAAAGCACAAGACUUUACUAUCACAGGACCUAUGAUGAUGAAUCCUGAUACUUGGUGGGGUAUCUGGAUGCGCAACGCUUUAGUCUGGUUCAUAUGCUGGAGUGGGUUAGCAAUGCUGAUGUUCAAGGUGGCGGGUCCCAAGGCUGAUAAGGUCGGUGGGCUGACGGACUUUGCGCUGGAGAAGCUGCCAGAGUGGAACGGAUGGCGGGAGCUGUGGAAGCCAAAGGAUCCGAAAUACCUGUGA